CAGUCCCAGCUGGGCUGGAGCCAGGUGGUGUCGCUCUGGAGUCUGCGUGGAGGAGGAGCAGCUCGAAGCCAUGGCGUCCGUGAUGAGGCUGCUGCUACGCCGCCCGCCCGCCCUCAGGUCGAUCUCCACGGCCGCCUGCAUUGACCCCGGAGCAGGACUCACCGACGACCAGAGGGAGUUCCAGAAGGUGGCUCUGGAGUUUGCCAAGAAUGAGAUGGCACCUCACAUGGCCGAAUGGGACCUCAAGGAGAUAUUUCCCGUGGAGAUGCUGCACAAGGCCGGUCAGCUGGGGUUUGGUGGGGUGUACGUGCAGCCAGAAGUGGGGGGCUCGGGCCUCUCCCGCCUGGAGACCACCGUCAUCUUUGAGGCCUUGUCCACAGGCUGUGUCAGCUCAACGGCCUACAUCAGCAUUCACAACAUGUGCAACUGGAUGAUUGAUGUCUUCGGCACGGUGGAGCAGAGAGACAAGUACUGCCCGGGACUGUGCAGCAUGCACAGCCUGGCGGCGUACUGCCUCACCGAGCCAGGCAGCGGCAGCGAUGCGGCCUCCCUGCUGACCAUGGCCUCUCGGCAAGGAGAUCACUACGUCCUCAACGGCUCCAAGGCGUUCAUCAGUGGAGGUGGGGAGGCAGACAUCUACGUGGUGAUGUGUCGCACUGGCGGAAAGGGCGCCAAAGGCAUCUCCUGCAUCGUGGUGGAGAAGGGAACCCCUGGCCUCAGCUUUGGCAAGAAAGAAAAUAAGGUCGGCUGGAACUGCCAGCCCACACGCGCCGUCAUCUUUGAGGACUGCGCGGUACCCGUGGUGAACCGCAUUGGCGAGGAGGGCCAGGGAUUCAGCAUUGCCAUGAAGGGCCUCAACGGCGGCCGCAUUAACAUCGCGUCGUGCUCCCUCGGAGCAGCGUACGCCUCCAUCUUGCAGACAACCGAGCACCUGACCGUGCGUAAGCAGUUCGGGGAACCCCUGUCCUCCAACCAGUACCUGCAGUUCCGGCUGGCUGAGAUGGCCACAUCUCUGGUGGCAUCGAGGCUCAUGAUCCGGAACGCGGCACGAGCGCUGGACGCGGGCGACCCAGCUGCCGUGCCACUCUGCGCCAUGGCCAAGCUCUUUGCCACCGACGAGUGCUUCAAGAUAUGUAACCAGGCUCUGCAGAUGCAUGGAGGUUAUGGGUACCUGAAGGACUAUCCUGUGCAGCAGUACAUGCGAGACACUCGCGUGCAUCAAAUUCUUGAAGGUACCAAUGAAGUGAUGAGAAUGAUCGUGGCCAGGAGCUUGCUUGAAGACCAGUGAACAAGGCUCAGGAUUUAUGUCCUUCAAGAUGACAAGCGUCUCCCCUCGCACCACAUUUUUUUUAUUUUAAUUUGUCAUGAUUACCGAUUUUUCAUUUAUUUGUUGCACGUGCUUAUGUGUGUGUGUGUGCACAUACAGUUAUCGGAGUAGUAAUGGUUCGCACACAAGGUGCAAUUCUAAGCCAUGUUCAACUUUAAUGGAAAAUGGUGCAACCCGGCCUUAAGUGAGUACCUGGUGCGGUGUGUAAACAUCAGCAAUGGGGAGACAAAGGUGUUCUGGCUACACCACCCUGUUGUAUACCGUGCGGGCCUUUAGAGGUAAUCCUUGCUGCAACAGCCUGAAAAAGCUCUUUUGGGAAUCUCUGUCUUUGUUUUGUGGACAUAUAGUUGUUAAAAUAGGAGCAUAAUGGUGAGUACAAAAUAUUAAAUUUCUCGCCAUGCACAGCAUCACUGAAAAAUAGUAACUGAGCCAGUGAAAGGGUCAACUCUGGCUUAAAUGAGUAACUGGUGCGAUACAUGAACAUUAGCACUGAAGGGAGGUCAAAUGUGGCUGGUCAUGGUGCUGGCCACACCAUUUCCUCACCAGGUAACACCACCCAAGAGAUGUUGAUUUGAUGAUUAUAAUGAUGGAUAGACGAUGGUGGAUCUAGUUGACCCUGCCCUGGAUUUAAACCAACUUGAAAGACCAAAUUAAUAAUUGGGUAAUAUUGGUCAAAAUGUGUACAUUUGAGUUUGCCAUUUAGAAAAUUAUAAUGUCGAACAUUACCACAGUAUCCUGUAUGUAAUUUAUUUUCUAAAAUUGACGUAUUGUUGAUGGCACAUCAGUAGCAUUGUCAGCUUGCUAAAGACAACCAACAAACUUAAUCAUUUGCAUAUGUAAUGAAUUCGCAUAAUUUCUUAUAUAAGAUGUAUAUUCUUAUAAUUUUUGUAUAAAGUCCCAAUUUUAGGAAAGGAUUACACAAGGAUCUGGAUAAAAUUAUGGAGUCUCCAUAAUUGCUUUAGGGGUACUUAUGGGAUUUAAUUUCUCACGUAGUAAAAUGCAUUUAUAUUUUAAUCAACAAUAGGUUAUCACAGGUUAUUUCUUUGGGCUGCCACGCUUUCUACGGGGGCAGUGCUGCAUUUAAUAAGAUUGCAAACUGCUUAAUAAAUAUCAUAGUUUCAUUAACAAGUAAUUGCAGUGAUACAUGAACUUUAGCUCAAAAUAUUGAAAAUUAAUUGCACAAAGAAACUUCGAAAUGAAUUCCGUAUAUAUUUUACAUUGAAUUGAGCUUUAAAAUAGAUAAAAUCCCAGCAAUCUGAUCUAACCCGGUAAUAAUCUCAGGCUCGAAAGAUGCUUAUACAUGGCUGAGCAGCUUAGGUCCUAAUUAAAGUCGUGUGUGUGCAGAACUUGUCAUGCUCGCCUACAGAAUUUAUAUAUGAAAUGGGUAAACUUGAGGGCAUUCAACCUUUCGUCACUUCUACGUUUGGCUGAGAAAUGUGCACGAUGGCUCUCUGAAGUCAGGGAACCAACGGUACGUACUCAACCAUGACAAAGAUAACAUGAAUAUUUAAAUCAGAUUCAUUUGAUUUCAUUGGUCUUGAGAAUAUUUUUAAUUUGCCUAAAUUGACAAUAUUUGUGAGCACUUUUUUUUCCUCCAGCAUCUCUGCCUUGGUAAACGUACACUUUAUCUGUGGAAUUACGGAAUAAAAAAGAAUUGAAGAAAAAA